AUAUUACCCCGGACAGGCAGCAGCAUUAAGUACUCCGAAGUGUCAGCGGGGGCCGAAUCUCACCCUCUUGGUAUCGUUGAACGCGUCAAUCUAAAUCUAAAGUCCCGACACCCGAGCCGGCGGGUGUAUAGCUUAUGGAAGGAGCGAAGACAAGGAGAAUCCACAGCCUAUGGCAUGGCCCCGAGUGACGUCAGCCUCGCGUUUGUACUUGCUGCGUUCCUUCACUCCACAUUCGGUCAACUGAUACCGAUGGCGGAGAUCCAGCCGGAAUUCUUGGCACCCCUUGAAAAUCACACCGUGACGCAAGGCCGGGACGUGUCGUUCACCUGCGUUGUUAAUCAUCUACAGUCUUACAAGGUUGCCUGGAUAAAGUCAGACUCGAGGGCGAUUCUGGCAAUUCACACGCACAUGGUGGCCCAUAAUCCACGGAUCUCGGUCACCCACAAUGGCCACAACACGUGGAAACUCCACGUGGAUAAUGUCCAACGAAACGACUCUGGAACUUACAUGUGUCAGGUCAAUACCGACCCGAUGCGCAGCCAGAUGGGGUACAUGGAGGUCGUGAUUCCACCGGAUAUAAUGGACCUCGACGAUUCGAUGGACAGCCUAACCACCGAGGAGGGAGGCAGCGUGCGACUCAGGUGCGAAGCUACCGGAACUCCGACACCGAAUGUCACCUGGCGUCGAGAGGACGGUCGCAACAUCGUAUUGCGAAACGAGCACGGCAUCAAGCGGGCGGUGAAAAUCUACGAGGGUGAAGAACUGCAUCUAGUCGGUAUAUUGCGCCAGGAGAUGGGCUCGUACCUCUGCAUCGCUUCGAACGGUGUUCCGCCUACGAUCAGCAAACGAUAUUCGGUACGCGUGCACUUCCGACCGCUGAUCAAAGUCGCUAGUCAGCUUGUAGCCGCUCCGGCAAACAGCGACGUCGUCAUUCAAUGCUACGUCGAAGCUUCUCCGAAAGCCAUGAAUUUCUGGUACAAGGAUACGGGUGAAAAAAUCCUCCAGAGUGGCAAGUACCUCCUGUCGGAGGUGGCGAUCAGCGAUUUCUCCUACCAGCUCAACAUGACCAUUCGAAGGCUCGAGAAAUCGGAUUUUGGAAGCUACGUGUGUUCCUCGGAAAACGCCUUUGGCAAGGCUGACGGCGCUGUGCGGCUACAAGAGCUGCACAUUCUGACGAAGACGACGCUCCCGUCGAUCCGAGAUUCCGAGCAGAGUAACAAGUCCCGGAAAAAAUCGGCAACGUCGAAAUUGAACAAGAAGAUGCGACCCAGAUUGUCGGCCGAAGAGGACCUGGACGAGUCCUCGAUGGACUUCGGAAGAGACGGGGAAACGCAACCGACGGUUGUCUCGUCGAAGUCCGGCCGCGGCGACGAUGCCCGAGGGGUCCCAAGGCCCCCCAUUGGUCCCCCUCAGGCCCCGGCACCUGCGCCUGCGCACUCGCCGCCGACGGAGGUGGCGUUGUUUAACGAGGCUUCCGCGUCGCCACGCACUUGUCGGUUCGAAACCCUGACCAUAACGGUAAUCGCCAUCGCCCUGAUAAUCCGCCUGAUUCACUAGAUCCAGGGGGAUCGAUACCACCGUCGAAUUAUUGCUCGCGUGUAGGAUCGUGAAAUUCAGCGAAUAUCGCGCGUCCUAUCGUCGGUAAUUACAUGAGACGUCACGUCGUGACUAUUCACGCGGUUCAAACGGCUCGCGGUAACUUGAACACUGUAAAAUUGCCGAACCUUGGAUAUACUGUACAAAGUUUGUUCGAUCCAGCGACUAUUUAAUAUCGGGGUUUCUGGCAGCCUGUAUUAUAGCGGAACAUCAGAAAUAUCACAUUUUAAUAAACAAUACGCUCAACGGCGGGAACUUUACUUGUUUGAAAAAACUGAGUUUACAUUCCAUGUCGGAAAACAUUAUGACCGCGUAACAAGCUAAUAUUUUUUAGAAAGACAUUUCA